UUUGAGUGUCCCGUCUGUAGCACACAAGGUCGUUGUAGCAAGCCGCAGCUAGCCGCAAAGAUGAUGUCCCUCGCUGCCCGGUCGGGGGCUUUUUCCCCUUACAUGCAGGCUACUGCUUUUACAGUCGCCGGACCCCUGAAAGCUCUGGUACCCGGAGUCGUUGUGAAGACAGAGAAGAUCUUGUUGAAUCCGAAGAAACAGUUCCUGUGCCGCGAGUCGUUGAACGGUCAAAGCCCCAAAACGGGGCCUUCGGUGACGGUUAGCAUCAAUGGCUGUGCAGGAGUCAGAUUUGCUCACACAGAUGUCAGGAUACCGGAUUUCUCUGACUACAGGCGUCCAGAGGUGCUGGACCCCAAGAAGUCAUCACAGGACAGCAGUGAAUCCAGAAGAACCUUCUCCUACCUGGUCACUGGGGCCACAACCAUGGUGGGCGUCUACGCCGCCAAGACGGUGGUGACUCAGUUUGUUUCUUCCAUGAGUGCCUCGGCCGAUGUCCUGGCCCUGUCUAAGAUUGAAGUCAAGCUGAGUGACAUUCCAGAAGGCAAGAACAUGACCUUCAAGUGGAGAGGCAAGCCGCUGUUCGUCCGUCACCGCACAGAGAAGGAGAUUGCCACAGAAGCUGCCGUGAACAUCGCCGAGCUGCGAGACCCAGAGCAUGACAAGGACCGGGUCAUCAACCCCAGCUGGGUCAUCGUCCUCGGAGUGUGCACGCAUUUGGGCUGCGUGCCCAUCGCCAACGCCGGAGACUUCGGAGGUUACUACUGCCCUUGUCACGGUUCGCACUAUGACGCCUCGGGUCGCAUCAGAAAGGGCCCUGCCCCCCUCAACCUGGAGGUCCCCUACUACGAGUUUCCAGAUGAGGAUACAGUAGUGGUUGGAUAAAUAACAUUUGUCAGACUGAGAUGGCAGCAGCACAGCAGAUAUCUGUGUGAUAAAGGGAAAGGUAAUGCUGUGUUCAUAUGUCUCUGCUGCCAGCUGCAGAAAACUAGCAGCUUCUUACAGGUAAUUACACUGAUGAGCCGAAACAUUAUGACUAGCACAACAUGGUCACAUAUUACUCCCAUAACCAGCACUUUGUGGUCUGUCACAACUGGGACCACUGUUAAUAGAUCCAUCAACACUGCUGACCAGGAGCCUCCCUCCAUCCUUGUUGUCUCUGAGAUGCUCUGAUCUUUGGACAUGAUGUCAAAGUAGUUGGCGUCUUUACAUCAGCUCUUUCCUCCUGCAUCCAACACACAGAUGAGGAGAACAAUUUCCCCGACCUUGGCAUGUGGCAUUGUCAUGAUAAUCUUAGCAGUCAUAACGUUCUGGCUUAUUGGUGUAUCACUCAUACAUGUCUCAACUUUCUAAAAACAUGACUGCGAUUCUGCCAGUGUUAUAGUCCUGUUGUAUUUAAUGUCAUGCAACCACUUCACACAAUGAAAGAAGCAGUUUCCUCUGGGUUUUAAGUUCAUGAAUGCCAGUCAUUUAGAACAUGGUGUCUGAGUUGAUCACAUUAAGUUAAUUCAGCAAUCCUCUGUUCUCCUGAAUAUGAUGUAAGCAGGAAAAAAACCCUGCGUAUCAAAGUUAUAGUUCAUCUAAUCAGCCAGGAACAAAUGUUGUAUUCAGGUGUGGUUAAUAAAGAGUUCUAUUUUAUUUGACAGUC